AUGGACCUGCUCCAGGACAUCCAGGUCUACAUCCCGCGGGAGGCUGAGGUGCGGACUCUGCCUCUGCUCUCGCUCUCGGCCUCAGUGCGCAUGAAGAUGGGUCUCUCUUCUGGUCUGGGUCUUCAGCCCGAGUCCCCCGCGGGUCUUCAGCCCGAGUCCCCCGCGGGUCUUCAGCCCGAGUCCCUGUGUGUGAGCAUCUGUCCUGUGGUCUUCCAGAGGAAAGGUCGCAGAGACCAGGGCCAGACCAAAGACCAGGUGCUGAGUCUGCUGGCCAGGAACCAGGGAACCUGUCCUGUCCUGCAGAGAGGUUAUGGUGAGUCUAAGAUGUCGUUCGUCACCGCUCACCGCACAGCGUACUCUGUGCUGAAACGGACUCUGCCUCAUGACACAGACACACAGCUCUGCACCACCACCAUCACACCAGAGGGGGCGCUGUCACACAGAGACCAGGACUGUGUCAUCAUCCACCAGGGACGAGUCUUCCUGUCCGUGAAGAGAGGGAAGAGGUCCGGCUCGGGCAGAGCGGAGCCAGUCGGCAACAAGCGCAAGAGGAGACCUGACUCUGCAUCUGAAGCCAAACCCGUGUCCCGAGCCAGACCAGGGGCCACUCCCAGUCCGAGUGUGGGGGCCAAAGGGGCACUGCAGGACCUGUGUGACCAAGAAACCAGCGUGAGAGACAACCAGCAGACCUCACCUGCUCUAGGGUCCACACAGAGCCACAACACUGCUCUAGGGUCCACACAGAGCCACAACACUGCUCUAGGGUCCACACAGAGCCACAACACUGCUCUAGGGUCCACACAGAGCCACAACACUGCUCUAGGGUCCACUGCUCUAGGGUCCACACAGAGCCACAACACUGCUCUAGGGUCCACACAGAGCCACAACACUGCUCUAGGGUCCACACAGAGCCACAACACUGCUCUAGGGUCCACACAGAGCCACAACACUGCUCUAGGGUCCACACAGAGCCACAACACUGCUCUAGGGUCCACACAGAGCCACAACACUGCUCUAGGGUCCACACAGAGCCACAACACUGCUCUAGGGUCCACACAGAGCCACAACACUGCUCUAGGGUCCACACAGAGCCACAACACUGCUCUAGGGUCCACACAGAGCCACAACACUGCUCUAGGGUCCACACAGAGCCACAGUGCUGCUCUAGGGUCCACACAGAGCCGCAACACUGCUCUAGGGUCCACACAGAGCCGCAACACUGCUCUAGUGUCCACACAGAGCCACAACACUGCUCUAGGGUCUGCUCUAGGAUCCACACAGGGCCGCAACACUGCUCUAGGCUCUGCUCUAGGAUCCACACAGAGUCACAACAUUUCUCUAGGGUCUGCUCUAGGGUCCACUCAGAGCCACAACACUGCUCUAGGGUCCACACAGAGCCACAACACUGCUCUAGGGUCCACACAGAGCCACAGUGCUGCUCUAGGGUCCACACAGAGCCGCAACACUGCUCUAGUGUCCACACAGAGCCACAACACUGCUCUAGGAUCCACACAGGGCCGCAACACUGCUCUAGGCUCUGCUCUAGGAUCCACACAGAGUCACAACAUUUCUCUAGGGUCUGCUCUAGGGUCCACUCAGAGUCAAAACUCAACUGUAGAGUCCAGCCAGAUCUUUGACGAGCACUCGGAGCCGCUGGAGUACUUCCCAGACUCGGAACCUUUCCCCUCCCCCAGGACCCCCGUCAGCCUGGGGCCCUCAGAGCCCUGGAACCCGCCCGGUCUCGGCGCCUCGGAGCCGGAACCGGAGUAUGACUUUGAGGAGCUGGCGUGUCGGGAGAGGAUCGCAGUGAUGAAGGCCCAGCUACUGCAGUGA